AAAUAAAAAUAGUAGGGAUAGUGCAAGAAGAAAGAGAAGAAGAGAGAGUGAGAGAUGUGGUGGUUUGAGAGAAAUGAUUUAUCUGGGUUUUCGGCCUCUUCCACAGCUGAACAAGUAACUGAAGGGAUUGAUGGCUCUGGCCUCACUGCCAUUGUUACAGGAGCAUCAAGUGGUAUUGGGUUUGAAACUGCCCGAGUUCUUGCAUUACGUGGUGUCCAUGUGGUUAUGGCAGUUAGGAACAGAGCUGCUGGUAAUGAGGUCCAAGGUACAAUAAUUAAGGAAAACCCUUGUGCAAAAGUUAAUGCCAUGGAGUUGGAUUUAAGCUCAAUCGCCUCAGUGAGAAAAUUUGCCACAGAAUUCAAUUCCUCUGGUCUUCCAUUGAACAUUCUCAUUAAUAAUGCUGGAAUCAUGGCAACGCCAUUCAUGCUUUCCAAAGAUAAAAUAGAACUACAAUUUGCAACCAACCACAUAGGCCAUUUUCUUAUGACAAAUCUUUUGUUGGAGACCAUGAGAAGAACAGCACUAGAAUGUAAGAGAGAAGGAAGGAUCCUGAACGUCUCAUCCCGCCGCCAUAAAUUCUCUUACAAAGAAGGGAUUCGUUUUGACAAAAUCAAUGAUCAAUCAGGGUAUAACUGUCUAUCUGCAUAUGGCCAGUCAAAACUUGCCAAUGUUUUGCACAUGAAUGAGCUUGCUCGAAGGCUGAAGGAAGAAGGGGCACAGCUGACCGCAAAUUCACUGCAUCCAGGAGCAAUUUACACCAAUCUUUUCCGUCAUCACAGCUUUGUCAGUGCUCUUGCCAGCCUAGUUGGUAAAUAUUUUAUGAAAAAUAUUCAGCAGGGGGCGGCAACCACGUGCUAUGUGGCAUUACAUUCAGAAGUGAAAGGGAAGGGCGGUUACUAUUUUGCAGACAGUAACAUAGCAGAAGCAAGUUCACAAGCUAAUGAUCCCAAUUUGGCAACCAAACUUUGGAACUUCAGCUCAGAUUUGAUUAACAAACAUAGUAAUGUAUAAAAGUUGGACUAUUCACUGUAAAUGCAUCAAAAAGUAGUGCUCAACAUUCAAUUUUAUAUCAACAUUAUGGAACCAAUGCAAUCCGAAUUCCAAUACUAAGGUGGUAAUUAUAAUCAUAUUAUAUAUUAAAA